AUGAAGGGGAUUUCAUCUCAAUCCUCCAUAAAUAAGAAAAGAAAAGGUGAGAAAAUAGAGGAUAUGGGGCUUGUCACAAAGAACCCAAAUGUUCUUUCUGGUUUUCUUUUGGAACUGAACUACUCUAAUGAAGAUGACUACGAACUGCAAGAAGAAAAUGAAGGAUUGUUAAGGAGAGACAUAGGAGAAGGUGAUUAUGCAAUUGACGACAGUGCAGAGAAGUUUCAGUGCAUGAGCCUUCACAAGCGGGACACCACAAAACGAGGACCAAGAAAACAAAAACAAGAUUUUCCUGGCAUGAAAUGGUUAUACUUGAGUAGAAUAAGUAGUCCUAAUUGCGGUGAAGAGCUAUCUUUUCAGAAGAAUGGUCUGUGGAGGCAAGAACAGAAGGGCAGAGUUGCCAGGCUAGAGAAUUGGCUCAAGGUAAGGUGGGAACUUGAGGAGAUAAUUGAAGAACAACUGAACAGGUUCCAUGCCCACUACAACUUGGAUAUGGUCCCAACCCGGCUAAAGGACGUUGCCCAAAUCCUCAUGCCCAGUUGGACUCCGCCUGAUGAGCUGGCCUCCAUAGCGUGGAUUGGUGAUUGGCGGCCCUCUGCCAUUCUGGAGCUCGUGCGUGGCUUGUCCCUCUCCUCCUCCUCCUCCUCAGCAUCAUCAUCAUCCUCUUCUUCAAACUCUAUUGGCACCGAACAGCUCUUAUCACAGCUCAUUUAUGAGAUUCGGAUUGAAGAGGCAAUACUUGAUGAGGAAAUGGCUGAAAUUCAAUCUACAUGUAUUCUCUACCUUCCAUUUGCUCCAACCAACAUCCAAUCAGGUGGAGCUGCCCUGGCUUGUGUUCAGUCUGAGUUCAAGAAGAUUGAAAGGGUGAUCACGAGAACGCUCAACGACUUUUGUUUGUUGCUGUUCAAGGCACUGGAAUUGGUGUUGAAGAAGGUACUGAGUGAAACCGAUGCAGCAGAGUUCCUAGUGGCAUUUGAGGGAAUUCAAGACGCAAUUCACCAGUUUGCAACAAACCAGAGGUUCCAAAAGGGUCCAGUCACGUUGCCUGUCAAGGCCUUGGGGUCUAGCUGA